GGUCUCGUUAAAUUGGCCCACGUAAAAAAUAAAACGAACUGCUGCAGGGGCAAAUUGUCCAUGACGAAGGCCGAAAAAAAUAAUUGAAUCUCGAACCGGGAAAGAAAAAAAAACCACCCCCCCACCACCUCCACCUCCACCUCUCCCUGGGCCAGCAUGCGCUCCCACACCCACGCCUCGCCGCCCCCGGCGCCGGCCCCGGUCGCCGCCCUCCUCGCCACGCUCGCCGCGCGCCUGCCAAGCCGGCGGCACCAGCAGCACGCGGCACGUGCAGGUGCGGACGCCGAGUCGCGCGCGCUGCUGGUGCCGCCGCCACCGCGGAGGCGCGAGCCCCGGCACGUCGUGCGCGUGCAGGGCCGUCUCGCGCCCGUGCGCAGCGUGUCGGCGGCGGGCGGGGGCAACACCGGGGCGAGGGGAAGGGGGGCGGCGCGGGGCAGGAGGAGGAGGAGCGCUGGCGAUAUCUUGGAGGGUGGGGGAGGGGCAGCAGGUGGCGAGGAGGACGAGGAGGAGGACGACGACGACGACGAGCAGGCCGCGCACGACGUCGCGAGGCGCGACGCCCAGCUCAGGGGCUACGGCAUCGGCGGCCGGGGAAACAUUCGUAAGUUGCGCUGCCCCUCUGUCCCUCGCUAGGAGGCGGCCGUCGCGCGAAGCGUGCUAACCGCGGCGCAGGCCGGCCGACGGAGGCCAUGGGGUCGCCGUCCCCGUCCUCGCGCUCGUCCUCGCGCUCGCUGUCGUCGCUGUGGGCGCCCUCGGGCGCAGCCGUCGAGGGGGCGGCGAGGGCGAGCCCGUCGAAGCGGUGGUCUGUUGCCGGACUCUGGAGCCGUGUCGAGGCGCUCAGGGA